AUGGCGCAACGACCACCGCGCACUGCCCUCCCUCCCCCCGCACAAUGGCUACCGAGCAACUCACACUAUACAGCGCUAAGGCACAUCUGUCCCUUUGCCCACCGCGUCGAGCUCGCGCUGCAGGAGGCCAAGGCGGGCUACAACCGCUUCGAAGUCGACCUGAGCAACAAACCGGAGUGGUACGCGGCGAAGAUCAACCCCGAAAGCAAGGCGCGUUUCAGUUUCCUCCCCGUGCCCGCAAUCGCCUUCGGCGGCCCGCAAGUGUCCCCGGACCUCCCCUCGCCCGACUCCGCCAAGCUCGCCGAAUCGCUCGUCCUCGUCGAGUUCGUCGCGGACCUGUACCCCGCCUCGACGCUCCUCCCGCGCGACCCCGUGCAGCGUGCGAAAGUGCGCUUCUUCAUCGAGGAGGUCAGCAACCGCUUCCUGCCCGCGUACAUGGGCCCGCUCGCGCGCGGCCAGCCGUGGGAGCCCCUCUGGAACGCCCUCGACGUCAUCCAGCGCCUCUUGCCCGACGACAAGACCUACGCCGUCGGCGACGACUUCACCGCCGCGGACAUCGCCAUCGCGCCGUUCCUCGCGCGCCUGGAGGUCAUGCUGCGCCACGACAUCGGCGCAUACCCGGCGGGCGAGGGGACCAAGGCCGCGGAGUACUUCUUCGACGGGGGCCGCUUCACGAAGCUGCUCCGGUACUAUGACGCGAUCAAGGCCCGGGAGAGCCUCAAGAACACAUUCGAUGCCGAAUACAUCCGGACCAAGUAUACUGCGCGCUUCAUCCCGAUCCGGGCCAAGCUUCAGGCUGAGCGGGAGGCUGCUGCUGCUAAUGCCUGA